ACAACCCCAGCUACAACCUCUUCUUCUCCAUCUGCAUCCAGGCACCUCCAAUCAACCAUGGCGUCUAGGCCUCUCAGCAGCAGCAGGAUGAUCAAUAUGGGCGUUGCUGCUGCGCUCGUCCUCUCGGCGGCCGCCAUGGCUGCUGGGCUGGAGAUGGAUUUCUACAGCAGCACCUGCCCGCACGUGGAGCAGAUCGUCAAGGAGGAGAUGGUGGAGAUCCUCAAGGAGGCGCCGACGCUCGCCGGCCCGCUGCUCCGCCUCCACUUCCACGACUGCUUCGUCAGGGGAUGCGACGGCUCCGUGCUGCUGGACUCCACGCCCACCAGCACGGCGGAGAAGGACGCCACGCCCAACCUCACCCUGCGGGGCUUCGGCUCCGUGCAGCGGAUCAAGGACAGGCUCGAGAAGGCCUGCCCGGGCACCGUCUCCUGCGCCGACAUCCUCGCGCUCAUGGCGCGCGACGCCGUCGUGUUCGCCAGGGGCCCCUCCUGGCCCGUCGCCCUCGGCCGCCGCGACGGCCGCGUCUCCAUCGCCAAUGAGACCAACCAGCUGCCCCCGCCCACCGCCAACUUCACCACCCUCGUCCAGAUGUUCGCCGCCAAGGGCCUCGGCGUCAAGGACCUCGUCGUGCUAUCCGGCGGCCACACCCUCGGCACCGCGCACUGCAACCUCUUCAGCGACCGCCUCUACAACUUCACCGGCGCCAACAACCUCGCCGACGUCGACCCGGCGCUCGACGCCACCUACCUGGCCCGCCUCAGGUCCAGGUGCCGGAGCCUCGCCGACAACACCACGCUCAACGAGAUGGACCCCGGCAGCUUCCUCAGCUUCGACGCCAGCUACUACCGCCUGGUGGCCAAGCGCCGGGGGCUCUUCCACUCCGACGCCGCGCUGCUCACCGACCCGGCCACCAGGGCCUACGUCCAGCGCCAGGCCACCGGCCUCUUCGCCGACGAGUUCUUCCGUGACUUCGCCAACUCCAUGGUCAAGAUGUCCACCAUCGACGUGCUCACCGGAGCGCAGGGCGAGAUCAGGAACAAAUGCUACCUCGUCAACUAAUUAACUCAUCAUCAUCAUGUUCAUCUCGCUGUCGCUGAUGCUUUUGCUGCUGCUGCUGCUUCCGUUUCGUUUGCAUUGUUGGUCGAUUCAAUUAUUCGUUCGUUGCUUGGUUAAUAUAUAUACAUACAUACAUGAUCAGUAUCAAUUACGUGUAAAUGAAGUUCUAAAGUUGUUUUGCAUGCUUUGACUCUGGCCGUCAGUAACUGCUGCCUAUGUACAUCUAUAUAUGUAACUGAUGUAUAUGUAGACUGAGUGCCUUUCUGCAGUUUCUUGGGGUUUUUUCUUCUUCUUUUGCUUUGUAUUUCAAAUGCUUGAUGAUGAUUAUGUAAUAUAAUAAUGAAGAUCAAGGUAAUAAGCAGUAUAUUAUCAUAUAUUCACAACUA